AUGCUGCGAAAGACAAAAGACCGCCCUCGGAACGUCUUCAUUUAUACCAAAGAAUCAGUAGAAAGCGCGAGUACAUCUAGCAGUUCAGAUGACGAAGAACCUAAAGAGGCCUGGAUGAAGGCGCCAGCGGGCACGGUGGCAGUACGGAGUGGGGAAGAUGCACUCCUGACUUGCGUGGUGCUGGGAGCAAGGGGCAAACCGGUGCUGUGGAGGCGGGCCAGGGAUUCCGCAUUAUUGACUGCUGGUGCUGUCCGAGUCACCAGAGACGAUAGAAUUAAAGUACUCCAUGAUGAUACAGACGAACCAAUCCAGGGCCCUGGUAUCCGAAAAGGAGGCGAUGUCUGGGCCUUAGUCAUUACGUCCGUCAAAUCGACGGAUGCCGGCCUUUAUACUUGCGAACUGAACACCCAACCCCCUGUCAGGAGUUUCCACAGACUAUCAGUAAUAUCAAGAGGGCUGACUCCUCCGGAAGCCCAGAACACAACCGAUCCGUAUUCAGCGAACAACCCAACGCUGUCAACGCUAGCCCUAGCACACAACUACACGGACUGCUGCAUCAAUGCCAACGUCACCAAGGCAUGUCUGGGCUUCUGCAGUAUCCAGACCAUUCUAGAAGGAACUGGUCAAGAUCCAGAAACCUGCCAGCCGGAUUUCCCUGCUAUUGUAAAGUGCAUGGCGGAUGGAAGAAACCACGUGCCGUGUUGUAUCCAAGAGAAGGUACCAGAUAUUUGCCAAGACGUGUGCAGGGGGGAAUUCACGCCUGUCACAGAUAAUAUAAAGACGCAUUACUCCUGCGCGUCGUAUAUGGAGCGCACUUUGGCUUGUAUUGUUGAAGGCAUUGAACUUCUCCCAAGCCCCCCGGAGGACGUCGAAGUGGAUCCGCUGAGUGAAAAGCAAUUAAACGUAACAUGGAGCCCGCCAACAGAGAACACGGACAGCGUCACAGAGUAUAUUUUGAAUGUGACAGCGCUCCGUUCGUUCGAUGCCCACCUCGUGGACCCCUCGGAGACUUCCAUGAACACGAGCAUGAAGACGGGCACCUUCAUGAUAUUCAAAGUGCCGAAGGAUAAAAAUUUCUUCGUCAUCAACGAUCUGUUGCCGUUCACGAUGUACGAAAUCACAGUAACAUCGUACAAUAUUCACGGAUCGAGCUUACCAAGCUAUAGCGUUAGGUCGCUGACCCUUACACCUGGUAAAAUGAAGUCGACAGCUGUAGCGGCGGCUCCAAAGCUUCCAGAUGUUCGAAGCUGCUGCCUCGCAGCUGGGAUUAAUCAUUAUGGGUGUGUCGAUAAGCUCUGCGACCCAACGAAGACCUUCGAAAUUGGUGUGACGGACCUGAUGAUCUGCGCCCCGUGGGCUGGCGUCACGUUCGGCUGCCUCGCCAACGGCAUGGAUCACACCCCUUGCUGUCGAUCUCGAGGCUUGCCGGAGUCUUGUUUGCCGCUGUGCAGCGGAAACAUCACCAACUUGGACUUUAAUCAUUUCAAAUGUCUUCGUUUUAUGUCUGGCUACACGAACUGUCUUCUCCAAGGCUACGGUGUCCUCCCAGGCCCUCCCACUAGACUCCACCUCACCAAUAUCGACACUGACUACGCUGUAGUUCAUUGGGCACCGCCUGCGGCCUUAGCAGACACCGUACAGUACUACAAUCUACAUUACAAAGCCCUGCAACUGGAGGAGUUCUACAGGACUAUUGAUGCAGUUCAAUCGCCUUACAUCUUAGAAGAUUUGGAAUCAAAUACUGAUUACGAGAUUUUCGUGGAGGCAGUUAACGAACAUGGUUUGGGAGAAGCUUCGCCGCGACUAAUUUUCAGGACGCAGAGUGUGGCUGUGGAAGAAGAAGAAGAAGUAGCAAAUGCUUACAAUGUGACGGCAUGCUGCGAAAGAGUGCAAUUAGCUGGCGUUUGCAUGUCCCUCUGUUCGUAUGACGCCAAAAUGUCUGACCUGAGGACGUUGGCUCCGCUUUGUGCGCAGGAGUUCCAUAAACUUUUACGAUGUGGAGCUGGAGGCCGUAAUCACGACGCCUGCUGUGCGCGGCGCGGCGUGCCGCCAUCUUGCCGUGGUGUCUGCGCAGGCGCAUACCGAGGAAGCGUCAACUCCUGCGUUUCAUAUAUUGGCAAUAUUGUACAGUGCUUCGAGGAAGGAACGGGUCUACUCCCUGGUCCACCUCGUGAAGUCCACGCAGUGUUAAAUAAAGAGAAACUGUUCCUGGACUGGUCUGCUCCUCAAGAUGGCGCAAAUGCUACUUACUACGUCGUGCACUGGCAAAAAGUCGUCAAUAACUCGCAACCGUAUUAUUACAACACGCUACAAUUUGAUAAUAAACUGAAUGUGACGGACACGAAGGUCGGCUUGGAGGGAUUCGUGGAGGCGAACCAGACGUACCACAUGUUCGUGGUAGCUGCUAACGAACAUGGUACUUCUCUGCCAUCCAGUAUGAUCCUACUCAACAUGACCCAAGAUAACAUGGAAGUCUCCGGUAUUCCAUCACCCCCGCACUCACUGUCCGUGGCAUCGCAUUCAGCAACCUGGCUUAGCCUCAGUUGGCAACCGCCUCUCUUUUCGCAACCAGACGAAAAGAUCACCUACACUUUGUUCUAUAAGUCGCCGAGCCAAAUUGGCACUGCCAAUGUUACGAAGAUAGCCACGACAGUCCCUGGUCACACUCUGGAGAAAUUGAACCCGAACACGCAAUACGUGGUUUGGGUGAAAGCACAUGCUGCAGCUGGAGACUCCUUGCCUUCGGAGACGCUGCUAGCCUGGACAGACCCGGCUUACCCUGCUUUUGUCGAGCCUCCAACUAUCAAUCCAGUGAACCUAGUAGUGGAGGGGGCCAGUAUGACCAUACUGUGCAUCGCCAUGGGAACUCCGACGCCAACUAUAUCGUUGUAUAUAUCUGGUCGCCUAGUGCGGCAGGAGGUAACGCGUCAUAUGGUGACGGUGAUCCACAACGUGACCCGGGAUAUGGAUCAGAUCUCUUGUUACGCGGAUAACGGUUACGGCACACCAAUGCAGGCGUCCCGCAAGAUCAACAUAUCGCAUGUCCCAACAAUUCAAGCAUCUGGAAUAACAAUGGCAGCUGCUGGAGAUUCCGUGAUCCUUGAGUGUCGGGUGGAGGCUUUGCCGAAGCCCACCAUCGCUUUCUGGAGAGACCCCAACGGCAGAACACCAGUCAUUGACGGUCCUAACUACAGCAUUCAACUAGUGGCUGAUCCUGAGGAACAGACAAAGUACACCAUGCGACUAACUAUCAAGAAGAUAUCGGAGGCCGACGAGGGCGACUAUUUCUGCCACGCUGAGAACGCAUUCGGGAAGACGUUGAGACCAGUUUCAGUUCGUUUACGAUCUACUGCACCGCACCACAACGUUACGGAGUGCUGUCAAGAGAUGAACGUCUCGUCGACCUGCAUAGACGCGUGUAGUUUCCACCUCGACAUGGACAAUAUAAUGGAUCGGCCCGAAUGCAUGAACGACUUCGAGAAGCUGAUGAAGUGCGCUGCAGACGGUUCAGAUCACCGCAGUUGCUGUGCAUCAUGGGGGGUACCGCGUAAUUGUCUAGAGUUGUGUCGUGGCGGACCAGUGACGCGGACAUGCGCCUUACAGCAUGCCAGACGAGCGCUGGCCUGCUUCAGAGAUUCUGGUGCGAAGUUGCCUGGACCACCAAGGAAUUUGAAGGCUCACGUCGCUCCAACACCUCACGCUGUAUUAUUAAGUUGGGACGCGCCCGUAAAGAAUCCUCAGACGGUCUACCUGUACCGGGUGUUCUGGCGCGCUUAUGGAGCUAAGGUGCCGGAGAAGUUGGACACUAGCGAGACGAGUGUCGUGCUGACCGGGCUGCAGGACGACGUCAAAUACGAGUGUGUCGUCAAAGCGGCUAACGAUAUUGGAACCUCAUCCCUGAGCCAAUCCAUCAUGUUCACCACGGCCGGCCAAGAAACUGGAGCUGCAGCCGCUCCCGUCAGUGGUUCGGGUACCGCUUCCGCUGUUGGCGUGGCUGUGGCUUGUAUUCUUGUAGCAGCCAUUCUACUUGCUGCCGGAUUAUACUAUAGGCAUAGAAAGAACCUAAGGCUCAAAGCUCAAGGUGGCGUUGCAUUUGAAAACCCAAGUUACCUGAGAGAAACGAAUCCGGACACAAUUGUCAAUGGUACAGUGCCGAAUGGAAACGCGAACGGUGGUAACGGAGUAGCCAACAGCGUAUCAAAUAGCACGGCCUGGAGACAGGAAACGCUCCAGAAUCCCAGCACAGCUGUCCCCGCUGCCAGGGAAGUGGACCCGACGUUGUACGAGGAGUUGAAACUGGGGCACGACGGGGCCGGCUUCAAAAGACUGAAAUAG